CACAUUUCUAAUUUUUAAAAUUCUCGAAGCCCUGCUUUUUAACGGAGCCGAGAGUUUCUCUCCAAAUCUUCGUGACUUCCUAGGGUGCGGCCGCUAGGUCUUUUCUUCCGAUUUCGUUCCAUCGAAGAUCGGUCUUCAGGGAAGGAAAGGAAUCGCCAGUGGCUGACAGAGCAGGCGAGGCAGUUUCGGUUCAGGCGGACGCCAUAGCAGGGUGCUUCGAUCAAGUAGUUUUUUUUAUGGAGGAUAUCGUUAUUUCGUACAAAAGAAUGGCAAUCGAAGAGAAGCAGAACGAGCUCAACUUUGAUGAGGAGACGGCAGAGGAAGGAGAAGAGGAGGCCGAGGCACAGACCUUCCCGGUGGUUGGAGCUGUAGUCACCGAUCGGAAAAUCAAGCUGUCGGGGAAUCAUGGUGUAACUUUUUAUUUUAUCCUCACCUCUAUUUCAUUAUAAACCAUCUGAAACAAAUAACGAAAACAAAAAUCUACUUUAUAGAAGUUGUUUUCAGAAUAUUUUCUUUAAUUUUAUUCAUAUAUAUCUCCAUCCGAAUUGGAUCAUUGCAACUCAACUCAAGUUGAUGAUGUAAACACAUUGUUUUCCAUAGAUAAAACUUAAGAAACUAUUACGAAUUCCGGAUUAUUGGGUAUGAGUGAAUAGGAAUGACUAAUGACAUAUUCAGAUUUGAUUCGGAUCGUCUUUUGCCAUACGCACUUUCUCCCCUUUUCAAAGUUGUGUAGAUUGCGGCCUCCUAGCUAGGGCAACCGCUUCUAGGCUUUUUUUUUUUCCGAAUUCCAUCAUAUUGAUCGAAGUUUGGCUGUUCUUGUUCGCAUAUCUGGCCGCGGAGCAGUGGUCUGCUUUUGGCUAAGGUAGAGCGAUCACGAGUUUUUCUCUCUAGGGCUUUGACUAUGUCGGCCGCUGGAGCCUUUUUCCGAUUUCGACUUUAUCGAAGAUCGGCUUUGUUAUCCCUUGGUCACUGGUGCUCGACUGGAGUCCAGGUCAGACGCGGAGGGCGGAGAUCGGUGGAGGAGGGCAGAUUUGUUGUCAUGGCUCGAGGAGAUCGGCGAUGUGGUCAAGGUUCGAGGAUGCGGCGUUGCUGUCGUCGUUGGAGAAGAUCGGCGCCGCCUGUCCGCUUUCUCUGGUCGCACGGAGCAGGGAUGAGUUCGGUUAUGCAGGGACGGAGGAUUGAUGCAUGGUCUUUGGCAGCCAAAGGUCAUGGAGGAUCAAUUAGCAUGGUACCAGUAGUAAGACCUUCUCCUGAACCACCACCAUGGGAUGCACGAGGUGCUAGAGUUCGUGAACGUUUUUCUUGAAGUUUUUAUCUGUUUGUUAUUUGUUUUAUUGCGUCCAUUUUUGUUGUUGGGUUUGACAUUUUGUUUGAGUUUUUUGCCUCUCUUUAUGUCAUUGGGUAUGGUUGGAUCUAUGGGAAUAGUUUUGGCUGUGUCAAGCCCACUACAUGGUUAGCGAUUCGUGUUGCUCUCUCAGGGGUGACCGUCUCAAAGUCUCACCAUAGGGUUACAGUCGUAGUUGUUGGAGUUUCAGUUGGUGUCUGUUUUAUUUUCCCUUUGCUUGAUGUAAUGAUCAUGAUGAAUCUUUUGAUAGAAUAGAGGCAUGUUUCUGUUGAUAAAAAAAACUUAAGAAACUAACGCCAGACAUUUUA